CCCUAUGCAAACAAACUGGGCAUGACAUAAUUCAUCUCAAAUACCUAUUAUCGUCCAUGCUUUUCAAUGGCAUUUUGGCUCAUCGGCCUUCAUGAGGGCAGUUGAAACUGAUAAUCACUGCUGCAGCAAUACCGGGGAACAUUCACACCCGAAAUUAUUGGAGGGCCUGGCAGGUUCAGGCGCAUGAACCUCUCGUAUUAAUGACGAACACCACUCUCGGACCCUCCCGCCGUCAAUAGCCAGUGCACACCAACACCCAUGACGUUGAUUCUGUGGCUUGUGACCCAUCUCUGUGUAUUUUGUCCAACACGGACACAUCUGUGCACCCACCCAUCCCCGGAUCAUGAUGACAUAUCGGCCUCUGCAAACAAAAUCACUGCCCUUUCCGCUCUUCCGCUCUCAACCUCUCAUUUCCUUGCAACCUUACCUUACACUUUUGGUUUUUGACAACUUUCCCCAUGUCCUAUACAGCAUCAGCCAAGCAAAUUGGCGACAAAGUAAACAUGUCCUACGCCGGAAACUCCAAGGUUGGGUUCCCUAACAUCUAUGAGGACUCCAACCAGAAGAACAUCAAGAAAUCCGAGAUUGACGAGAUGACGAAGCACUCGGGGGAGAAUGUCAAGGGUUUCAUGCCAAAGGAUCAACCUGGCGAGGUGAACAGGUUGUGCGAGGAGAAGUUCAAGAGAGAGCGGGCCGACGCCCUAAAGAAUGACCCAACCCUAGCGGCGACCCUCAACAACAACAAGCCUUCGAAAGGUGCGAUAAUUGACAAGGAGAUUGAGGAAGAAGAGCGGGCGAUGCUUGAGAAGAAGAAGGGCAAGGGCAUGACAGGGGAGAGCCACUACUAG